CGUUCACGCGCUCUCCUAAUUAGUCCUCACUAAUACUCAACAUGCAACCAUGUCUACCAACCAUGCUGAUAUCUUCAAUGUGAACCCAUACGAGGCCCAAGCGGGUCUUUCGACCCUUGAAUCGGAGGUACUAUGGGAGUAUGCGAAGUUGGCCCAGCAUGUAAGGCUUUUGACGGCAAAGACUAAAGAGCUGAGCGAGCAGCCGGAUCAGAAUUUGGUCGCACGCCUGAGAGUUCUGGAGAGAAAGAUGGGACUUGUGUCCAUUCUAUUUAAAGCUUCUGUCUGGGGUGUUAUCAACGAGCAAUCAGCCAUCAGCGUAUCCGAACAGUAUGCGGACGAAACCAUGUAAUGUUUCUAGCUCGGUAGAUACUGAUUAUUUGGAAAAGAUAUUUCACGGUAUGUUCGAGGAGGCCGGCAGCUGAUAGGGGACAAGCUAUCAAGCGUAAUUUGGUUAUCUCUUGCCCAGGGCACUCCACAGAAUGAAACAUGGUGAAUACGACAACCUACGGUACCCUGACAUUCAGAGCAUAGCGCAUCGACGGCGUGGGAACGAGAUCCUACAACCCUGAUCACGGAUCAAAAGAGACCAUUCCAAAGAGGCAGGCCAUGCUGCAUGGGCAUGUGGUGAAUAGCUAACAUCCGUCUGGCCCGGG